AUGACUGAUUUCGGUGCAGUCUGGCGAACUGCGGUUGACCGAUACAAGGAUAUAACUCAAGUCGAUCUCGGCUCUAUUGAAGCAGCGAACACUGUUGAAGACGUGUUAAGCGAGAUAGACAUUCGCGAAGAGGAAUUCAAAGUAUCUCGACAUAAUGGAUCGAAGACUGACAAAUUUAGAAGCCUUGUCAGCCGAAGCCUGAAUUCCAUCGAAAUGGUCAGCCAGGUUGUUUCUCAGGGAGUGUCAGGCACUUUCCCACCUGGCAUGGCUAUUUUCACAGCAGUGCGAUAUCUUAUCCAAACUGCGAACUCUGUUUCGGCGGAUUUUGACAAGAUUGCAGAAUUCUUUCGUGAUGUCGAGUUCUACCUCAAACGGCUGAAGAUAAUGGAGGGGAAAGUGCCUCUAGGGCCGGAACUUGAAUUUGUUAUGGCUGAAGUUUUGAAGUCGGUGCUGGUUUUAUGUGGUAUUUGCGUGAAAUACACAAAGAAAAAGCGCUUCGCCAAGGCGUUGCGAAAUCUCAUGUCUGGAGAAGACGACGAGCUCGCCUCAGCUUAUGAGACUUUUCAUCAAAUGGUCGACCGUGAACAGCGACUGAUUGGAACUCUCAGUUUGGUCGAAAUGGGUGAAGCAAAUCGCUCUUUAAAGCAGUCUGAGCAAGUGUAUAAGAAGCUCGAGAAUAGGGAAAAGCUUCUUGACCGUCAAGAUGUGUUGGAUGACCUUUCGUCACAUACGUUCCUUGCUACACAGAAAGACAAAUUUGGUAAGCGUCAUGAUGGAACGUGUCAAUGGGUCCUGAACAGCGAAACUUUUCAACGAUGGUCUAACGGCACCGAAAACUCGACUCUUUGGUGUUGUGGGGAUCCUGGGAGCGGGAAAACUAUAUUAACGUCGAUUAUUAUCGAUGACAUUUAUGAAAAGACCCGCGGAACUGACACUGCUCUUGCAUUCAUAUAUUGCAAUUACAAAGACACGAACACACACUCUGAGCUUGCUCUUCUGUCCAGCAUUGCACGGCAACUGAUCGCACAAAUCGAGUACAUACCCACUGUGGUGAAAGAAUUUCGUGACCAUAAUGCCAUGAAGAAAAGAGACCCGACGGGCGAGGAAUGGAUCGCACUUAUCAAGUCUGUCGACCAUUUCUUCUGCCGGAUGAUCAUUGUUGUUGAUGCCCUGGAUGAGUGUCCAGAAUACAAUAGAGAUGAGUUCUUUCGUUUCAUAAAAAUGCUAGACACUAGCAUUCGCUUCAUGUUUACAUCUCGCCCCCAUAUUAUUCUCCCUGUGGAGUUUUCUGGGUUGCAACAGAUUACUAUUGUGGCAAAUCCAUCUGAUUUGCAGAUUUUCCUGGACGCUGAGAUUUCGAAAAGGAACAUGUUCCGGAAGUUUGUCAUUCGAAAUGAUUCUAGCUUACAAGCAUUUAUUGUUGACGAAAUCAUUACCAAGUCUAAGGGAAUGUUUCUACUGGCCUAUCACCAUGUCGAAAGGAUAUGCCAACAACCACAUGUAGCGGGUGUGCGAAAAUCACUGAGAAGUCUGCCAGAAAACAUUUUUGACUACUAUCAUGAGGCCAUGGAAAGAAUUGGGCAACAAGAAGCGGUACUCUGCAAGCUAGCCCAGGAUGCACUUUCAUUUAUCUCUCAUGCAAGAAGACCUCUUUACGUGAACGAGCUUCGCCACGCCUUGGGGGUGUGGUCGAGUGAUACUGAUUUCGAAGAGAGCCAAUGCGUGGAUGAUAAUCUCAUUGUUAGCAUCUGCAAUGGUUUAGUUAGGAUUGAUGAGACGAGAGAUGUGGUGGAGCUUGUUCAUCAAACCCUACAAGAGUACUUUGAUACCUUUCCCGAACGGCUUUUCGAAGAUUCUCAUUCAAAAAUCGCGAGAACCUGCCUCGUUUACCUUUCGUUCAAUGCCUUCGGCAGCGGGCCAUGUGUGGACGGCGAAGCACUUCAACAGCGACUAGAGCACCACGUCUUCCUUUCAUAUGCAGCCCAUUACUGGGGCUAUCAUGUACGAAACUCUCGUGACGACUAUACGCAAAUGGUCCUAAGGUAUCUUGAAGACAAUAGUAAGCUUUUGUCCGCUGUACAAGUUUUGUACGCGACCUCUCCACGAAUCAAAGACUGGUUCGACCGAUAUCCAAAACAAAUUGGACCUUUGCACAUCGCAUCUUGUUGGGGCUUGACGAAGAUCAUUGAGAUUUUGAUUCGAGGCGGCGUCGAUAUCACCACACGUAAUAGUCGUGGUGAAACCUCCUUUCUCCUUGCAGCCCAGAACGAUCAGAGGGAUACUGUCGAGCUAUUUCUUGACGUUGGAAAUGACAUAAACGAGCAAAACUUUUUCGGAGAAACAGCUCUUUUGUGGGCUGCCAAGAACGGGAGCAAAGAUUUAGUCAAAGCCCUUCUCUUGCGUGGCGCCGAGCUCGUGACGGAUCAUGAAGGGUGGUCUGCAAUCAAUUGGGCCGUGAUUGGUGGAAAUCGCGAAUUGCUAGAGUUAUUGCUCGCGGAAGAAGUCCUUGCUAGCACAGGUACAGAUGCCAAAAACCAGGCCCUUUUUCUGGCGGCAGAAGAGGGCCACGAAGAAAUGGUGAAAAUGCUUCUCCACGCUGGUGCGAAUAUCGAUUCAAAAGAUAGCAAUGGAAGCACGGCAUUAGACUUUGCAGUGUCAGCAGCCCAUGAGGUCACUGUUGAAGUGCUUUUGUCCAAGAACGCGAAUGUCAAUUCCACCGAUUCAGGUGGUAACACCGCGCUUCACUGGGCUGCUACGCAUGAGCCGAUUUCUCGAUUGUUGCUAAAAUACGGAGCUUCGCUAAAUGCAAAAAAUUAUGCUGGACAAACUGCUCUCUUUUGGACUGCGCAAGAUAGCGCGGCCGCAGUAGCAAGAUUACUGCUUGAAAAUGGGGCUGAUGCUGAUCUUGCAGACAAGAACGGCUCCACAGCGUUACAUAUCGCAGCAUUGCAAGGACAUCGGAAUGUAGCUGCUUUACUUUUGGAAAAUGAGGCCGACGCCAACAUUCAAGACAAAGAUGGGUGGACUCCGUUAUAUGGUGCUGCCGUACAAGAGCAUGCGGCGCUUGUUCGUCUUCUUUCGGAGAAAGCCAGCAAUAGCGAGAAGACAUUGGGUUUGGUCGAUAAGGCGAUGAAAAGCCCUGGGGAGCGAACGCUUUUAAAGAAGGUUGCAGAAGACAAAAGACAAGGGAGCACUAUGACGAGUGGCUUGCGCGUAGCGGCACAGGAAGCCCAGAUAGGUAGGCUGCGCAUAAUGCUUGAGAGAGGGGCAGAUGUAAACGCGAAAGACCCUGCGGGAUAUACCGCGCUUGAGCUAGCAGCGUUUCAAGGGUCCAAGCAAGUCAUACAGCUUCUGUUGGAGUACGGGGCCAAUGUGAAUCUACGAGGCUCUCUCAACGGCCCUCCGCUGUAUCAUGCUAUCGAACAAGGCAGUGAAGCAGUCGUGCCACUGCUGAUCGAAUAUGGUGCAGAUGUUAAUGCUGAAACGUACGGCGUGACUCCGUUGAUGCUUGCUGCAAAACUCGGGAACCUAUCGAUCAACCUAUGCCUCCUGGAAGCGAAAGCCGAUGUCAAUGCACGGGAUUCUUUUGGGCAGACGGCUUUGCAUCUCGCCAUUUUGAAUGGAAGAACACAGGUUGCACGGAUGUUGCUUGAUGCAGGAGCUGCGUCAGAUAUUCCAGAUGAUCAUGGGGAAACAGCCUUCAUGCUUGCAGUAGACAAGAUGGGAGAGAAUCAGGCAACCUUACUCUUUGAGGAAUGCUCCGAUGUCGACGCAGAUAGCACCCCAGAGCUUCGUUCUUCGUGGCUAUUUUUUUGA